UGCAGAGUGGCACACAACAUAAAUAGCGCGUAGGGAUUGGACUGAACAAAGGAAGGGCCCUACGAAUACAUUUCUUACCAAACCAAACAAAAGUAACAAAGCUCUAAUCUCAUUCCUAUUCUCUUUUCUUUUCUUUUCAUUUCUCUGAAGCGAGUCAACUAUGGAGUCCAAAUCCCCAAGAAUGUACCAAGAGCACCUCGCAGCGACCCUUCUUCCAUCACCACACCACAGUUCCAACAACAGCAGCAGCAGCAGCAGCAGCAGCAAUGGACUCCACCACACCCAACAAUUGCCCCCGGUGACAGCAUCGCCAUACCCGCCAAAGCCCGUAACCAGAUCCGAAUCCGCAAACCCGUACCCGACAACUUUCGUCCAAGCCGACACCUCCUCCUUCAAGCAAGUGGUCCAAAUGCUAACCGGAUCCACCGAAACAGCCAAACAAGCCUCCUCCGUCCCCAAACCAAACUCCGAGCCUAAGAGUCACAGCAUCCCUCCGAUGAAAACCAUCCCAAAGAAGCAGCAACAGCAACAAUCAGGGUUCAAACUCUACGAGCGAAGAAACUCCCUCAAGAACCUCAACAUCAACCCUCUUUUACCUGUUUUUUCUACCAACACUUGCGGUUUCUCUCCCAGAAAACCCGAAGUGUUGUCUCCCAGCAUCCUCGACUUCCCCGCGCUUGUUCUCAGCCCCGUUACUCCUCUCAUUCCUGACCCCUUUGACCGAUCCCGUUCCGUUGAGAAUGGAAGCCCUCCUUUGGACGCUGAGGCUGAAGAGAAAGCUAUUAAAGAAAAGGGCUUCUUCUUGCACCCGUCACCUGCAACCACUCCUAGAGAUGCUGAGCCUCGUUUGCUCCCUCUCUUCCCCACAACUUCCCCCAGAGCUUCUUCAGGUUCUUCUUGAAUUUUCCCCUUU